AUGGAGAACAGCAAAACAGAAACAGAAGACCAGAUGGAGGACGUGUCAGAAGGUAAAGAGGAACAUGUGGAGGAGGCUAACCUGGAGAUUGCUCAGCUGCAGGGCCUGGUGGCGGAGCUGCGUGAGGGGCUACAAGCCUCUCUGACGGAGCUGUGCGAGCUGCGUCAGAGGGACCGCGGCCUGGAGGAGCAGCUCCGGACCCAGCAGACCGACGUGGACGACAAGAUCAUGGGCCUCAAGAACUCACUCAACACUUUCAGGGAGGAGCUGAACGUGGCGUUGUUCCACAUAGAGGAUGUUUCCAGCAGACAGAGGGAGGUGCAGAAGAGGAUGGAGCUGCUGCCGACAGAAAACUCCAAAGAUAUCAUCUCUGCUCCACACAGCCAGUCGGACCUCAGCGUUAUUCAACACUUCUUCUCCAGUCUGCCACACGGCAGCUCACCACAGAGGAGCACCACGUCGACUCACACCUCCAUCUCUGAGCAGGAGGCUCAGCAGCAGAGAGGAUGUCCGUCUAAGUCUCCAGCGUGGGGAGAGAGGAAGAACAGCAGAGACGACACGGAGACACCGAACAGUCAGACUGAAAACAGUAAGAGACAGCGAGUGGCUCUGGAGCUGCUGGAGUCAGAGAGAGUCUACGUGUCCCACCUGUCUCUGUUACUGAAGGCCAACAUCUCCUUCAACGGAUGUGAAGCUCUCAGCUCCAAAGACAAACGUCCGUUUCCCAGCACUCUGAGGUUUCUGAUCCAGCAGCACCUUGAGCUCCUUCACACUCUGCAGGAACGUGUGCUCAAGAGCCAGUGGCAAGGCAUCAUGGGGGAUGUGUUCAUGAGGCUCACCAGCAAAGAGAGUGAUUUCUUGGACUUUUACGUGUCCUACCUUCAGGAGCUCCCGGACUGUCUGUCCGUCGUCACCAUGCUCGCCUCCAGCUCCAUGAAACCUUCUGCCUUCCUGGAGAGUGAAAUACUGGGCGAUGAAUCCAGACCGUCCCUCCACACUCUGCUCCUUCAGCCGGUCCAGAGGAUCCAUGAGUACCUGCUGCUGCUGCAGGGGUUGCUGAGGCAGACCAACGCAGAGCACCCGGACUACUACCUGCUGCUGGUUUGCAUCCAGCAGUUCAGAUCCUUCACGGCUCAGUACCACCACCUCCUCCAGCACAACCAGGAGCUCCUGCUGCACAACCGCAAGGAGGUGAAGAGGUCUACCAUGACACAGCUGUUAAAGACAGUGGAAAGUGGGAUUCAAGCUAACAACAUUGGCUCACCGUACCCUUGCAACAGUGCCACGUUAGAACAUGCCAACCAGGUGAAGCGGAGCAAGCAGCGUCUCCUGGAGCAGAUCCAGUCCCAUCGAUUCCAGGAGUGGGACCAGGAUCACGAAACGCAUUGUUACGACUCGGAGUGGCCCACCCAGCUCCAGUUCUUCAGCCCCGACAUGGACUCACGGAACCACAAACCAACAGGUCUUGGCAGUAUCCCGGAGAGUGAGGCGUCUGAGAUGGCCAUGUCGUGCCAGCGUCAUCUGCCCUCCAGACCUGCAGACUUCCGUCAAGUUCAACCGGGUUCUGCUCUGGCCGACGCCCUCGGAGAGUUCCUCCUCCCUCCAGAUCCUCCGGGGAUGGAGAGCCUCUACGAAGAGGACCAAGGCUCCCUUCAUGAUGUCCCAAUGUUCGACCAAUGCUCCUCGGCCUCUUCGGACUCCUCUAUCGACAUUGCCUUUGUGAAGUGCCCCAAAGCGCCCACGGCGUCACAUCACGCGAUGGCAGCGAAAGUGUCAACGACCCGUGACGUCUUUGGCAACGGAGGAAGCCACGGGAAUGGUUACAAGCUGCCCAACAGAGGAUGCGUCUCUCCGGAUGAAGCCGUAAUGAUGCACCGCAAUCAGCAUCGCCCCCUUCAGGCCAGCCAGCGUAAGAGCAAGUCCCUGAACGGCCUCCAGAUGGACAACACAGUGAGCAGUCUGGAUGGCGCUCCUCUAUCAGACCACCUCCAGAGGUUGGGACUGGGCAGCCAUGCCAAGCUGGAGCGCCAGGGCAGUAAAGGCAGCAAAGGGUGCCCCACCCCGUCCCGUAAGGUCCACAGCCCCCCGGGGAACCGAGCGGAUAUCGACAAACAGGGCGACGACCUCCAUGGACUGCUCAGCAUUGACUCCGGGUUUCAAUCAUGGGGGAACGAGUCUAAAUGGAGGGGGGGGACAGAGGAGAAUCACCACACCCCCUUCAGCGAAAGGAGUCGGAAGCAGGACAAAGGAGGCUUCAGGAGCUCCUUCAAGAAACUCUUCAAGAAGAAGAGCAGUGAUGAAAAGAAAGAGAAGGGAGGUGAGAAAACACCAGAAAACCAAAACAACGGUGAACAUGAGACACCGGGGAAGAAUCCCAAACUGGCUCAUCUGGAGAUAAACCGUGGCACGGCUGUAUGA